GGCUGCAUUUCCAUGAGCGCCGCCGGCAGCCGCGGAGCUGUAGGACCCCAACCGGGGGGUGAGCUGGGCCUCUGUAGUCAACCACGCACAGGCGGAGGUCCAUUAACUUCAGCAAACUGAGCAUCUGGUGUGCGCCAGCGACACAGCUGUCCAGAUUAACAGCUUUUAGGUAAACCUGAAGGAGAGAUCUGAGCUGACCGGCCCAGCUGCACAACACUUCCAGGACAGUUCCUAUUUCCCGUAGACAGGAACAAAGGACACAGGCCAAGAUGAACGCCAUGCUGGAGACGCCCGAGCUGCCGGCCGUGUUCGACGGGGUGAAGCUGGCCGCGGUGGCCGCCGUGCUGUACGUGAUCGUCCGCUGUUUGAACCUGAAGAGCCCCACCGCCCCGCCUGACCUCUACUUCCAGGACUCGGGGCUCUCGCGCUUUCUGCUCAAGUCCUGUCCUCUCCUGACCAAAGAAUACAUCCCCCCGUUGAUCUGGGGGAAGAGCGGGCACAUCCAGACGGCCUUGUAUGGGAAGAUGGGAAGGGUGAGGUCGCCACACCCGUACGGGCACCGGAAGUUCAUCACCAUGUCUGAUGGAGCCACUUCGACCUUCGACCUCUUCGAGCCCUUGGCCGAGCACUGCGUGGGAGAUGACGUCACCAUGGUCAUCUGCCCCGGCAUCGCCAACCACAGCGAGAAGCAGUACAUCCGAACCUUUGUCGACUAUGCCCAGAAAAACGGCUACCGGUGUGCCGUGCUCAACCACCUGGGCGCCCUGCCCAACAUCGAGCUGACCUCGCCACGCAUGUUCACCUACGGCUGCACCUGGGAGUUCGGAGCCAUGGUGACCUACAUCAAGAAGACAUACCCCCUGACCCAGCUGGUCGUCGUGGGCUUCAGCCUGGGCGGGAACAUCGUGUGUAAAUACCUGGGGGAGACUCAAGCGAACCAAGAAAAUGUCCUGUGCUGCGUCAGCGUGUGCCAGGGGUACAGCGCACUGCGGGCCCAGGAGACCUUCAUGCAGUGGGACCACUGCCGGCGCUUCUACAACUUCCUCAUGGCCGACAACAUGAAGAAGAUCAUCCUCUCCCACAGGCAAGCCCUCUUCGGAGACCAUGUGAAGAAGCCCCGGAGCCUGGAGGACUCGGACCUGAGCCGCCUGUACACGGCCACGUCCCUGAUGCAGAUCGACGACAACGUGAUGAGGAAGUUCCACGGCUACCGGUCCCUGAAGGAGUACUACGAAGAGGAGAGCUGCAUGCGGUACCUGCACAGGAUUUACGUGCCUCUCAUGCUGGUGAACGCAGCCGACGACCCGCUGGUGCACGAGAGUCUGCUGACCAUUCCAAAGUCUCUCUCCGAGAAACGGGAGAACGUCAUGUUUGUGCUGCCUCUGCACGGGGGCCACCUGGGCUUCUUCGAGGGCUCCGUGCUGUUCCCCGAGCCCCUGACGUGGAUGGAUAAGCUGGUGGUGGAGUACGCCAACGCCAUCUGCCAGUGGGAGCGGAGCAAGCUGCAGUGCUCCGACGCGGAGCAGGUGGAGGCCGACCCGGAGUGAGGCCCCCCGGACUCCGGCGCGCUCCAGCCGCCCUCCUCCGGAGCCCGCGUCCCUCACCGGCUGCUCCAGGUGCCCCGCUCCCCCAGUGACCCGGACCUGACCUCGCACCGUCAGCGGGCACCACCGGGCACACCUGUCGUGGGGUGGGCGGCCCUCCCUGGGCGCCCAGGCUAUUUUUGUGCUUAGUUACUGGUUUUCUCCAUUGCAUUGUCAGCCGUGGCGACGAGCGACAGGCCUCUCCCCGUCUGUCCUGUUUCGGCAUAUCACGAUUGCUUUCAAGCCAAUUGCUUCUGGUUUCCCUACGAAACGUGUGUCGGAACAGCCGUUGUGCUUUGCCAGCCAAACGGCUUGUCCCCAAGAACGGUGAAGGAUGUCUGUUAUUUCGUGGUGGUCGGACGUGCCCUUAUGCAGCUCUGGAAAAGAGCUCACCAACCUCAGCCCGCGCUGCAGAUGCAGGUCGGCCCGGGCACCUUGGGGGGCCCCGGGCCCCCAAGGCCACACUGUGGCCCCUCACAUGGCAGAGCAAACUCCCCGAGUCACAAGCCACACUCGUCCCUCACUAUCUCCCGAGAUGGUUUCCCUGCACUUUGCUGGUGACGAGGGUGACCUGGGACACUUAUUAAAAAUUCAGCCUCCCAGCCCCCUCCCCCUGGAGAAGCUGAUUCAGUGGGUCUGGGAAGGGGCCUGGGGAUUUUAGUUUUUGACAAGUGCCCCCGGUGGUUCUCAUCACCAGGCAAAUUUGGGCAACAGUUCUCCGCAAGGCCUUUAAAUUGGGAACAUUUCAGAUUUGAAACUGUGUUAAAAUUCACAGUCCCAGAUGUCACCCAGCUCCCAGGAGUCCCCGGGAGAGCGAGGUCUGCCCUGCACGGCGGCCCCUGUGGGUGCCAGCGUGGGGGCCCGGCUGGGGGUGAGGCUCGUGGGCUGCCCCCGACCCUGCUUCUCCCUGGCGGCACGACCCUGGGACAGUCCCUCUGGACUCGAGUUUCUUCCCCUGGAAAGGGGGGGACCCGGACCAGGUAACAUGCCAAGAUCGCUGCCGGUCCUGAAGUUCAAUGACAAACGCACUUUCCCGGGGUUUGAGAGAACAUCCCUCCGGGGAGCCUGGGCGCUCCCCUCCGUCCGAACUUGCAGAGUCCUCGCUGCCUUUCCCCGUCUUUGUCCUCGGGCCAUCGAAGAUUUUGGUUUUUUGUUUUACCACGCCCUCAUUUGUGUUUUCAUUUUCUUAACCCAGGUCUCUGUAAUUCUGGCUUUUGAUACCAAGCAGUUCAAAAGUUGGACCUGUGUUUGGGGAAAGGUCUUUCCAGCUGAAGGAGGUGGGGUUCUGAAAGCAGAUCUUUAUCUUGAUAGCCUAGUGUGACCUGUUGGGGGGGGUCUUUCCAGAGGGUGUCUGCUCAAGUGACAGUCUUUCGAGCGCUUCCUUCUCCAGUCCUGGGGUACUUGGGUGUUAAAACCCUGCACUUUGAGAAAUCAGCAGCGUCUGUCUGGAACUAUGAGCAAAAUUGCCUGCAUACUUUAAGAUUUCUCCCAGCUUCAUCUCCUUUGCUCCAGGACAGGCAAGAAUAGAAAAAGUGGGUCUGGGUGGAUGCCUAAAGGGUGCAGGGGGGCCACCUGGGGGCUUGGGUGCUGCCCCUGGUGGCCACAGGUGGGUACAGCGUGGGCGUUGGUCCAAGCGACUAGGACAGUUACGUCUGUAGCCUGAAGAGACCAUUUGCUGACCAUCACCAGGUCAUCUUAACAGGUCACAUGAAAAACAGCCAUUCUCUCCGGAGACGGAGACUGCUGUGGCCUCGGCUUUGCGUUGGCUUACCCGAGCACGCACAUCAGACUCAUCCUGGUGACUCUCCGCCAAGUAGUUACUUUUUAGUGCUUUUUCCUUUCCGUGUUGUCCAGCACACAGUGGCACUUUACCAUCUAACCCUCGGUGUGGGCGCUAGUCCUUGCCCCUUGUCACUUUUCCCUCCGCCUGACAAUCACAGCAGUAAUCUGGAAGGUUUGCAGUCCUAUUCCCCACAACCCCUCCGCCUCUUAUGACUUCCCCUGAAAUUAGGUGCACGCAGCCGUGACUGACGGGUUUGCGUGACCGUCCCGGGAAGCGGGUGGCUCCUCUCCAUUUGCCCCAGGUUGCACCUCUGGACUCGCGCUGAGAAAGGAGUGGCCAGGUCCCAGCUCCGUUCAGGAGGAGAGAGGACAGUCCUGUUGUCACUUUCGGGACAACAGGAGUCCUGGGGGCCUGCCCUGCACAGCAGGCUGGGUGGCCCCGUGGAGGAGAGGAGGGGCUGGGGGCGUCUCCUGCGUCGCCACACACCCGGCGUGCGCCCCGCGGCACUGCGGGGGCCGUGUCCCAGCUGCACCCCCUUCCGUGUGCGCCCCGGAAUGGCGCUCAGUUCUUCGGUCUGGCUCACCCGGAGGCCACUGGAGCCCCCUGCUCGGGCCCCAGGCCCUCGGGCAGGGAGAGGAGGAUGGGACCGCGGCUGCUGUCGCACGGGAGAGCGCUCGUGGGCCCCUGCGGGAGAGCACAGGGGCAGGGCACCAGCAGGGAGGCGCGCUUGCCGAGUAAACGGGGGAGGGGCGUUUACACCGGGCCCGCUUGGCCUGCCCCCAGCCUGCCUUUGCUUUUCCCCCUGAAGUCGUUCGUUCCCAGUGGUAGCGUGAGUGCCGUUCCUGUUAGUAAGGUCCUGCUCGGGCUGAAACUAGGCUGAAUUUUCAGAGGGCGCUGGAGCGCUGCCUUUGAGCAUCCGGUUAAGGCUGUAGGUUGCACAGACCACUCUGCCGCAGGAGCGACACAGUGAAAUCCAGGAGGGAGGGAGGCACCCACGCCCGCCCCGGUCGGCCUCCCUGCCUCCUAGACAAUUUUGAGGCCACUGGCGACAAGCAGCUGGUCCGAGUCAAAUGCGGAUUUUCUGGAAAAUGGUGUUGGGUCUCCUUGAUGCGUUUAUGGCAGAAGAGAGUUUAACAGCCUUGAAGAAAACCUCUUAACUUCCCGCUGUGAGUUUGCGCCAGUGAUUCCAGAGCAGAACAGAGAAGGCGGCUGUUUGCAGUCCCGAUAAUCUCGCCAGCUCUCGGUGGCAUUUCACGCUGACAGGGGUCCCCGGGACAGACUGUCUGGUGGCAAUGCACCUUUCUCGGCUUGGCGUUACGGAAGCAGGGUCCAGGAGACUGUCCCUCACUCACACUGGAUGGGGGAGCGAUCGCCUCCCCGCUGAGCCCCCGUCACCUUAGACCGUCUGAGACCACCCCCUCUGCUCGCACAUCACGUCCCUGGACAUUCCCACUCGCCCUCCACAGCUCGUGGAAACGGGUGGGUGCAGGCCCCCGGCCCACCUCCAGGGGACUUGGAGAGGGAGCUACUGCGUUAGGCCUUGCUGGUGAAGACCCUCCACCUUGCCCUUGCCCUGUCUUCAGCUUGGGGGCACCACUGCAACCAGGCAGAUACCCCGUCCUUUCGUGUGACUCAGGCGGAGCCCCGAGAGUUGCCGCAGCAGAAACCCCCCCAGCCGCCGCCUUCACUGACGCCGGCCCUCUGGGCGGCCGAGCGUGUGCGCCUGGCAUCCGAGUGAGAGCGCUGUUUGUCGCCGCCGUGUGACCGGAGAUCAUUUUGCCAGCUCCAGGGAGACCGUGUGCGUGUUCUCGUUUGUGCCGGCCAGGCCAGCAGACGUCCGAGAUGCGAGAGGCUCCCUUUGCUGUGGCGUCGAUUCCGGCUCGGAGCUCAGCUGAAGGCCAGAAACAUCACGCUGAGUUGAGGGAGCUCUCGGGUGUUCAUCUUCGAGGCAGGACAGGAGAGUUACCGAGAAGCCCUCCCCUGCAGCGUCUGCUCACAGCACAUCUGGACUCACUUCCUCUGUCCCGAAAGCCUUAACUCGAACAUCCCCUGGUGCCACGGUGUCGUGGUGCUGGGAUUCCCGUUCUUCUGCCGAGGACGUCUGCGGGGAAGCCACGCGCAAAGCCGGGGGAUUUCUCCCUUCUCUGUGGCCCGUUUGUUCCUUGUUGUGCCAGGAACCCCCACCCUCGGUGACCCGAGGGGCCCAGAACCCACCGACCACCACGUCCCUGACGCCUUUCUUCCUUCUUGGCCUCACUCUGUUGCUCAGAGCCGCUCUAGGCGGCUCGGAUGCUUCCGAAACCAUGAGAAACGGCCUGUCUGGGGCCCGCAGAGGCCCAGCAAUGGAGGGGAGUCAGCUCCCACCUCCAUUCUCUUAGCAGAGGGGAGUGACCCCUCUUCGGGGGGACGGAUUGCUUCUGCCAAACUAUCUGAGGCUGAGGGCAGGGGGAGCGGCCCCUGCUGGCGGCGAGACCGGACUGCUCCCCCAACAAAAGCUGCUCCUCCUGCCUGUGCUGCUGCUGCCGCUGCCCCCGGAUGCUGCAGCCGGCAUCCUUGGGAGCAGGCCGCGGAGUCCAGCUCACCAGCCAUUGUGGACCCCCAGACAGUGCACAGCUGCCCUUUGGCAGAGUUAGCACCCCGCUCCCCAUGUUUUCUGAGCUGUUUGUUUUUCCUGGCAGGUAUGUGGGUGUCUCUAAUGAGUGAGAAGACAUUACUUUCUAUUAAUACUGGUCGGUUAAGCCUUCUUCUUCUGUCAAUUAGUAACAAGAUCUAUAACCUACCUUUUCCCCCUCCCAGUCCCCACAAGCCAAGAAAUCUCCUAUUGCCAUAAGUUGGGGACCGUCCACGUAUCACACCUGCAGACACACCCUUCAUCUCAGUGGGCGUUCUCUUCCCAGCCCACCCAUGCUGAGCAGCCCACCAUCCCCUAGAAUCGUCGCCAACGCCCUCGGGCCCCAGGCUGUUCGUGUGGGUGUAGAGUUAGGUGUCCUUUGGCGUUUGAUUUGGCCUCUUCGGUUUCCCCAAAGCACAAGUCCAUGUAGAACCCUGUCACCUCUCCCAGCAGUGCAGGUGACCCGGGCCUCUCCCGCUGCCUCAGGAAGACCGUCACUGUACCUGAGCUUCUGACUCCUGCCGCUGCAGCUGCCUUAGCAACACCCGGGGGAGGCGAGGGGGGCAGGGACCCGGCGUGCGUCUCCCCCUUCCUGGCUGGACUCCCCUCAACCACGUUCUUCUGUUGGCAGAUCUGCUUCCAGACUGAUUUCCAAGAACCGUCACUUUCACAUUCCUAAUUUUGGUUUUGUUUGCAUUUUCUGAAACUUAAAAUGCUGCCCUGAAAGUAAUGUGUUUCUGAGUUUGUGUUCUGAAAGCCUCCGUGCUGCCGGAUUAUGGGGAGAAACGCGGGAUCCUCCAGCAUCGAGGUGUUUAAGAUUUGCAACUAGCAAUGCAACUUUUUCUAAAUAUGAGGAUAUUUACCUUUAUUAAGGAAUUAUACUAAACAAUGAUGUCCUUGGUCACUUUAUGUUCUUGUAUUAGUUUGGUCCUAUUUUGAUUCUGUGUGGUGGUAAACAAAGAUCAUUACAAGCAAAAACUGUAAUUUUGUUAUCUUUGAUUCGAUGGGAUUUCUUUACUUAAAAAAAUUAAAGACUAAAAACGUG